UAUUCAUAAAUCAUUUGUUUGACUGUUCUACUGCCAACAAAUUUUCUAUAGUUUCUCCAUUGAAAGUUUGACUCUUAUUCAUAACUCAUUGAAGACACAGCCAUGUUCAAUACAAUGAAGCCAUGUUUCUGGCUUUAUCUUCUCAACCUCAUCUUCUCUUUACAGUCCAAUCUUUCCCAUGCAGCUAUAACUACAAUCUCUGCAAACCAAUCUCUCUCUGGUGAUCAAACUCUAGUCUCUGAAGGGGGAAUCUUUGAAUUGGGUUUCUUUAAACCAGGUAAAUAUUCUAACUACUACAUAGGCAUAUGGUACAAAAAGAUCAGUGAACAAACAAUUGUUUGGGUAGCCAACAGAGACAACCCUGUUUCUGAUAAAUACACUGCCACCUUAAAAAUAUUAGCUGGUAAUUUAGUUCUAUUCAAUAAGUCUUCAAAACAAGUUUGGUCAACAAACAUGAGUUCUUCUAAUACUGGUUCUGUUGUAGCUAUUCUCCUAGAUAGUGGAAAUCUAGUUUUAAGAAAUAGGCCUCAUGAUGAUGUUGCAAUAGAUCCUCUAUGGCAGAGUUUUGAUCACCAAACAGAUACGUUUCUUCCGGGUGGAAAAAUUAAGCUGGACAAGAAAACAAAGCAGCCUCAAUAUCUUACUUCAUGGAAGAAUAAUGAAGAUCCUUCAACAGGUCUUUUCUCUUUGGAACUAGACCCAAAAGGAACAAAUUCUUAUCUUAUUAUUUGGAAUAAGUCUGAACAGUAUUGGACAAGUGGACCUUGGAAUGGACAGAUUUUUAGUCUGGUUCCUGAGAUGAGGUCAAAUUACAUUUACUAUUUUUCAUUUGUGUCGAACGAGAAUGAGAGCUAUUUCACUUACUCGGUGUAUGACCCUUCCUCUCUAUCUCGGCUUGUGAUGGAUGUCUCAGGACAGAUUAAGCAAUAUACAUGGUUGGAAAGUACCCAACAAUGGAACCUCUUUUGGUCACAGCCACGAGGACAAUGUGCGGUUCAUUCUUUCUGCGGUGUAUUUGGGAGCUGUUCUGAGAACUUGAUGCCGCCUUGUAGUUGUUUGAGUGGUUUUGAGCCAAAGUCGCUAUCUGAUUGGAAUCUGGGGGAUCACUCAGGUGGGUGUGUCAGGAGAAUAAGUUUGGAAUGCGAGGGCUCCAAUCACUUUAAUAGGGAUAAUGACGGGUUCCUUGCAAUCCCCAACAUAGCAUUACCUAAACAUGCACAAUUUGUGGGGUUAGGGAAUGCAGCUGAAUGUGAAUUUACUUGCUUGAAAAACUGCUCUUGCACUGCUUAUGCAUAUGAUAGUAAUGGAUGUUCAAUUUGGAUCGCAGACCUCAUUGAUGCGCAACUACUGUCUUCUGAUGAUAGUAGUGGAAAAAUUUUGUAUGUCAAACUUGCAACAUCAGAAUUACGUGAUGCUAGUAAAAACAGUUAUCGGACGAGGGUGAUUAUUGGUGGUGUUUUGGGAGCGGUUAUUGGCAUAGGGAUACUCUUGGCCCUUCUAUUGUUUGUUAUGCUUAGGCGAAGAAAGAGGAUGCUUGCAACUGGAAAUCUCUUGGAGGGUUUUAUGGUGGAAUUUGGGUACAAGGAUUUGCAAAACGCGACUAAGAAUUUCUCCGAGAAAUUGGGAGGAGGAGGUUUUGGUUCUGUUUUCAAAGGAACAUUAGCUGAUUCAAGUGUGAUUGCAGUGAAGAAGCUGGAGGGUGUUAGCCAAGGAGAGAAGCAGUUCAGAACAAAAGUGAGUAUAAUAGGGACAAUGCAACAUGUUAAUCUUGUUCGCCUCCGUGGAUUCUGCUCAGAAGGUACCAAAAGGUUUCUGGUUUAUGAUUACAUGACAAAUCAUUCCUUGGAUUUCCAUUUGUUCUUGAAGAAGGAUUCUUCUGAGGUGUUGGACUGGAAAAUGAGAUACCAAAUUGCUCUUGGAAUUGCAAGGGGACUAAUUUAUCUCCAUGAGAAAUGUGAAGAUUGUAUCAUACACAAUGAUAUAAAGCCAGAAAAUAUUCUCCUUGAUGCUGAUUUUUGUCCAAAAGUUGCGGACUUUGGCCUAGCUAAGCUAAUUGGACGAGAUUUCAACAAGAUCCUUACAACAAUGAAGGGAACAAGAGGCUAUCUUGCCCCGGAGUGGUUAUCUAGGGCUGCUAUCACAGCCAAAUCUGAUGUUUACAGCUAUGGAAUGAUGCUCUUUGAGGUUGUAUCAGGUAGGAGAAACUCUGAUCCAUCUGCAGAUGGCCAAGUUACUUUCUUUCCUACCUUGGCUGCAAAAGUAGUUAACCAAGGUGGUAGUGUCCUUAGCCUUUUGGACCCUAGGUUGGAGGGAAAUGCUAACAUUGAGGAGGUGACUGAAAUGCUAAAAGUUGCUUCUUGGUGUGUCCAAGAAAAUGAAACUCAGAGGCCAACCAUGCGUCAGGUAGUUCAAAUUCUUGAGGGGAUAUUGGAUGUGAAUUUGCCACCAGUUCCAAGAUUCAAUCAAGUGUUUGUAGAUAACUAAGAGAAUUUGCUUUUCCAACACUCACCCUCACCCCAUCUAAAUUCACAGGUUAAAAGAAAUGUAUGCCUCAACAAAUCUGCCAUCUUUAGAUUUUAUUGUAAUGUAAGGUUUAUGUUAGAUAUUAUGUUAUUAUAUAUUAAGGGUAGCUUAGUCCUUUUAGCAUCUAUUAAAUAUACUCUUUGUAUCUCUUGAAUAUAUUGUACUCAAGACCAGAAAUCUUGUUCUGAGACAGGAAUGAGCCAAUAAGCAUAAGAAAAGGAACUAUGUCAAAAAAAUAUUCAAAAUUAGAAAAGUUAUCCAAUAGAAGAAAACUUCAUAGAAAGUUAGAAAGCAAACAUGAUCAGAAUGGAACAUCAGUAUUACAAAGGAAGCUUUAGGAAGCUAAAAUCAUAAACUAGCUAUUUGGAAGUUUGGUUCAAACACUAAGAAAGUUUUCUUUAGAAAGCUAGCAUCAAAAGUUGCCAUUAGAAAACCAUUCCGUUAGAAAGUUUAGAUCUUCAUUUCAUUAGAAAAGUUUUGAACAAACUAGUAUGUUGCUCGUGCCUCUUACGUUUUUAAGCAAGUUAUUUUGCUCGUGUUAUUAUAUUAUAGUAAUAAGAUUGUCUAUACUUAAUAUGCAGAGAACAAAUGCUGCACCAAC